AUGCUUGUACCCCGUACGGUACUCGCAUAUAAUCACGGCCGUGACGAGCUCCUUUGGGUGGCUGCCAUUGUUGCUGAAUCCCAAGGAUGCUCGUCGCCUAGCUUAUCCGCGACUGCCGCACCGGCAGACGACACUACAUCACCCAUGAGUCUCAUGCCUCCCCUGUCCCAGGAAGGCAGACUUCGUCGAGAGGAUGAGCCUCUCCUUUAUCGCAAGGGAUCCGCCCAGCCCUCAUUGAGGCCGGCUCCCGCGGAUGGGACGUCGACACAUCUGGAAAGGCCGGUGAAUGAUCGCGUGGUCUCGUCAUCGCCUGGCCCUGCCAUCACAUGGCGGAACAUUGUCUUACCCGACCCAGUUGCCUUCAGGUUCCUCGAGGACGAUCCACAUGUUGCGGUCCUCGAGCGUCGAAGCGUCCUUCGAGGAUUCGAAUUGUACAUCGUCGAACAAUGGGCUUGCUCCAGGCAAUCUCCUACCCUUGUCAUCGCAACCUACACCGGAGAUGAGGCCCAUUCCAUCAUCGUCGGAGUCCUGGCUGUUCCUGAGGAUGAGGACCUCUGGUCUCCAAGGCUACGAGUCUACUUCAAGGCUGCGCACCAACACCACGCCCGGCCGAAGGAGACGCAUCUCGGAGAGCUACUGGUUGCAAAUCUGAGCAGCUUCCCCUCUGCCCUUACCGUCAUCCCCGUUCCCGAUGGAGACGUGCGAAAGCAUCGGCAGUUGUUCAUCAUCAACGAGAACCUGAAACGCCUGUCCUGCUCUGGCCGCUCUGGCUUGGCCCUCGUGGACCCCACGGAGGCGACUCAGGCCAAGUUCCAGCAGCUGUAUAAAACUAGCGACAGGAUUUCGUUCCAUCAAUCUGUUGUGGAGCUUAUCAAAUUGUGUCAGGUCGCCCUUUACAUGUUUGAGAAGCUAGGUCAUGAGUACAUAGACGGGCUUCUAUGUGACGUGACUGAGACCGCGAUUGGAAAUUGGUGGACCGAGGUCGGCGCGGAGCAUUACAACUUCGAGCCCACAGAUGGUAUACUAGGACCAUCAACCGUGGCUGCCCUGCUGGGGAUGCUCAUGGGGGCACGAAAUCGACUUCAUUGGUAUGGGGCCCCAGUCUCCAAAGACGUUUUCGACAUAGAAUGCACCAAGCGAGGAGUGGCCUACUUUCAGAAGCAGCAGAAGCUUGAAAAGACUCGACGUUUGGAUCGCCAGACGCUCUUCAGGCUCCAUACGGCAACAGCCAAGGCAGCGGCGGGGGACGGUUGGCGCGUGCAGAAAGCCGUCAAGUCUACCGUGACCGAAAUAGGCGGCAGGCGAGGCGAGAUGGUCAUGGACAUGGUCUCCGGCAAGGACAAAGGUGGCCUUGCUGAUAUUGAGACGUUGGACAUUGACCGGUUUGCCAGUCUAGCCUAUGGCGAACGGCCAAAGUGGUUGUGGCAUGGAAAGCCUCGUCGAUCAUGGACAGCGGACCGCUCCGACCACGGUCAAGAGGACCUGGGACCCGUCGCCCCCGAGAUUGCACAGUUGCUUUCUCCGGAAGAGGAGUCGGAGGUGAGGAAAGAUGAAACCGCUCCUGUCUAUUCGUCGUUUCCGCCAGGUUCAGCGACCAACGUUGCGGCAGACGGCCCUGGCGAUCGCGAUGCUCUUAAAAGGGCCGUCUUCAAGAGCGUGGCUGGGAAGAUGAGCGAUGCGCGUUCAGGCCUGGGUCGCAUCAAGGAUGCCGUUGGUGGCGGGAGGCGAGGUCAUGCCAGUCGCCAAACCGUGUCCACCAAGGAAGACUUUGCUGCGGAGAACGGGUUUGCGAGCCACAUCCCGCCCGGCGCAUCACAACAUUCCGGCAUGGCUUCUCCGCCUGCAGCUCUUGGAAGGACGUUCACGUGGAAAAACAAACCGGAAGAAUACCUGACUGCCAUCCGACGAGGGGACUUGGAUCUAUCCCAGGGGCUGUCGGACGACUCUCGCGACGCAGCGGCCGGCGUCUUGGACCCGAGGUCGGGAAAGCGGCGGCCGAUUGAUGACAGCAUAGCAUUGUCGGACCAGGAGAACACGCUGGAACAGGUUGGUUCCGAAGCCAGCAAGAAUGCGGUGCCCGAAGUACCCGCGGUGGAUGACAAGGACGUGCAAGACGCUCGACUCCAGGAAGAGGGCAUGUCGGAGGCGAAGCCAAGCAUGCUGUCGAGGAGGCGCAGCUGCGGCGUCCUUGACAUUGCGCACAAGCACAUCAGCAACGAGAAUCGGUGGGGACGUCGAAUGUCGUUUGGCGAUGCUGAGCAAGCUGUCCUUGGAUGGGAUGAAAUUGUCGACAUUAUGGACACGACGGGCGGGGUUGGAUGCUUCGCGGCUCGUGCGGAAGAGGCGGCACAUCUCGCUCGGCUCAUCGAUGAUAUUGUGCAUGGGGUAGGGCCAUGGGUGGAGGAGAAGCUCAAGAACGUGGAGGCGCUGAACGAAAGGUAUGAGAAGGACAAGACGGAGCUCAAGGGCGUCUACCAGCAACUCAGCGAGGCGUGUCGAAAAGUGCGAUACAACUCAGACGAGCUUCUUGCCAUGGAGCGGGUCAGCCUCACGGAAAGCGUCCGAGAAAUCGAGUUGCUCGUGGCGCGACUCGACUACGAGAUUGACAGCCUCGUGCAAAAGGUCAACGAUGUCGAGGACGGCAUUCAAAACUUUGAGCGGCAGGUGGAGGACGUUGAAAAGCGCGCCGUGGAACUGAAAACGCUGCUCGAGACGGAAAGCUGGCUGCACUGGUUGGUCAGGUCAGUGACGGGCAUAGGCACGGGACCCCAGAUCACGCGUUCGGUAGAGUAG